AUGCACUCUCCGGUACGAGGAUUAGAAGCAGGAUUCAGGUACGAGUAUGUAGGUUUGCAGCAGCUGGUAGCAGACUACGGUGCCUGCCCGAAUUUAUCGGCAGCUCCUCGUAUUCGAGUGAAUUUGGAAAGAUUCUUUUCCCAGGAAGUUGAUGGGAUGUACAGUAGUGAAGAAUACAGCUUACUGAUGGAGGGUGCGAGUUGCCGACCCUGCUCCGUGCCGCCCUGGGAGGUAGCACACAGCAUCCGCAGGUCCGCCCAGACAGAGUCGCCUCUCCAGACCCUCGAGGAGACUUGGGGUUUGGGUGGGUUUGGUGUGGGGGGGGGGUGUGGGUUUGGGGGUGGUUGGGGGUUUGGGUGGGGGGGGGGUGGGUGGGUGUGUGUGUGUGGGGGGGGUUGGUGUUGUGUGGGGGUUGGGGUGGGGGGUGGUGGGUGGGGGUUGGGGUGGGUUGGGGUUGGUGUUGUGGGGGGGGGUGGGGGGGGUGGGUGGUGGGGUGGGUGUGUGGGGGGGGGGGGGGGGGGGGGGUGGGGGGGGGGGGGGGGGGGGGGGGGUGGGGGGGGGGGGGGUGGGGGGGGGGGUGUUGGGGGGGGGGGUGGGGUGGGGGGGGGGGGGGGGGGGGGUUGUUGUGGGGGGUUGGGGGGUUGGGGGGGUGGGGGGGGGGGGGGGUUGGGGGGGGGUGGGGUGGGGGGGGGGGGGUGUUUUGUUGGGGUGGGUGGGGGGGGGGGGGGGGGGGGGGGGGGGGGGGGGGGGGGGGUUGGGGGGUUUGGGGGGGGGGGUUGGGUGGGGGGGUGUGUGGGUUUUUUGGUGGUUGUGGGGGGGUUUGGGGUGGGGUGGUGGGGGGGGGGGGGGUGGGGGGGGUUGGUGGUGGUGGGGUGGGUGGGGGGGGGGGGGGGGGGGGGGGGGGGUGUGGGGGGGUGGGGGGGGUGUGGGGGUGGUGGUGGGGAAAAUUCCCUCGGUAUCGUUCAGCUUGGAUGGAUGAGAUAG